UUAUGACAGUUGUAGAAUAAACAGGUGAUUUCAUGAGGUAUUUCCCUAUUUAAAUAUCUAAUUACAAAUUGCUGUUACACUUUAAAACUGACCUAUUCUUCUUGCUAAGAUCUCAACAUGUAUGUUCUCUAUUAAAUAAUUUUGCAUGGCAUUAUAAUUUUUUUUUUUUUUUUUUAGGGACUGUGAGAUAAAAUGGACAUCAAACCACUUUUAUGGAAGCUAGGCAUUGGUGUACGAAUCUUCUUUACAUUUCUUUUUGCCCUCCUAGUAGUUGGAGUGGUACUGUGGGCUUACAUUACCCAUGUAAAUAUUUUAGCAUCCCAGUAUGGCAUUAUGGCCUUUGGCUUGUACGGUCUUCUGCUAUGUCUUCAUCUUCUGGUCCAGAGUAUUUUUGCCUUUGUGGAGCACCGGCGGAUGCAUACCAGACAAGAAGCUUGUUCCUACACCAAGACUGUUGGUUUUACCAUCUCUGCUUACCAGGAAGACCCAAAGUACCUGCGGGACUGCUUACAAUCAGUUAAGGCACUCCAUUAUCCACCCGAGUUGCUCCGGAUUGUCAUGGUGGUGGAUGGUAAUACAGAAGAAGACAGCUACAUGAUGGAGAUGUUCCAGGAGAUUUUUGCAGAUCAGGAUCCCAGCUGCUAUGUGUGGCAGAACAAUUACCACACACAGCCAGCCGGGGUGGAUCCCCAGGAAGAUACCCAGCGCAAGGAGGUGGAAGAGAUUAUCAGAACCAAGCAGUGUGUUUGCAUUAUGCAAAAGUGGGGAGGGAAGAGAGAAGUGAUGUACACAGCAUUCAAGGCACUGGGAUCUUCAGUGGACUACAUACAGGUGUGUGAUUCAGACACAAAGUUGGAUCCCCUGGCAACAGUAGAACUGGUGAAGGUGCUUGAGAGUAACACGAGAUAUGGUGCUGUGGGUGGUGAUGUGAUGAUCCUUAACCUGAAAGACUCUUACAUCAGCUUCAUGAGCAGUCUGCGAUACUGGAUGGCUUUUAAUGUUGAGAGAGCAUGCCAGUCAUUUUUUGACUGUGUCUCUUGUAUUAGUGGCCCCUUAGGUAUGUAUAGAAAUGACCUAUUGCAACAGUUUUUGGAAGCUUGGUACAACCAAACAUUUCUUGGCAGACAUUGCACUUUUGGAGAUGAUCGCCAUCUUACAAAUCGCAUGCUGAGCGUGGGCUAUGCUACCAAGUACACAGCUCGCUCAAAGUGCUAUACAGAGACACCAUCCCAGUUCCUGCGUUGGUUGAACCAACAGAUGCGGUGGACAAAGUCAUAUUUUCGUGAGUGGCUCUACAAUGGCAUGUGGUGGCACAAACAUAACCUUUGGAUGACCUAUGAGUCUAUUGUGGCUGGAAUCUUCCCCUUCUUUGUCACAGCCACCAUGAUCCGACUGUUCUGGAUAGGAAGGCUGUGGAACAUCUUAUGGGCCCUUUGCUGCAUUCAACUAAUUGGGCUGAUUAAGGCAGCCUAUGCUUGCAUUUUGCGACAAAACAUAGUGAUGAUCUUCAUGUCUCUCUAUUCUGCCCUGUACAUGACAAGUCUUCUGCCCACUAAGUAUUUUGCCAUGAUUACCAUAAAUAAGAACAGUUGGGGCACUUCAGGCCGCCGUAAGCUAGUAGGAAAUUACAUCCCUCUCGUUCCCCUGUCAAUAUGGGCAGCCAUCCUGCUGAGUGGUUUAAGCUACACAAUCUAUAGGGAAAGCAAGCAGGACUGGAACUCAGCUGCAAAAAAAGAGGAGAUCAAAUACUUGAUCUAUGGUGCUGUGGCAUAUGUCAGUUACUGGUUUAUAAUGGUCUUCAUAUACUGGGUAUGGAUUUGUAGACUGUGCCGAAAACGUUCACAGACUUACAAUGUGAAUGUGUAGUAUAAUUUUCAUGUGCAUUUUAUGUUAUUUAUGUUAUUUAUGUUAUU